AUGCAGCCGUCCCCGCAGAAUUACGACUUCUUCAGCGAAGAGAACGUAAUGAAAUGGAGGGCACUGUUCGUCCCGGCUCUGCGGAAGGUCUUGCAGCAAGUGCACCCCACUCUGUCUGCUAAAGAAGAUUCAUUGUACUACGUAGAGGAGUUGAUUCUCCAGCUCCUGAAUAAACUAUGCAUUGCACAGCCAAGGACUGUUCAGGAUGUAGAGGAGCGUGUCCAGAAGACCUUUCCGCAUCCAAUUGACAAAUGGGCCAUUGCAGAUGCUCAGUCUGCCAUAGAAAAGCGCAAACGAAGGAAUCCAUUGCUUUUGCCGGUUGAUAAAAUACAUCCCUUACUGAAGGAAGUACUUGGUUACAAGAUAGAUUACCAUGUGUCACUCUAUAUUGUUGCUGUGCUAGAGUACAUUUCUGCAGACAUUCUGAAGCUGGCUGGAAAUUAUGUCUUCAACAUCCGACACUUUGAGAUCACACAACAGGACAUUAAAGUGUCCAUGUGUGCGGACAAGGUCUUAAUGGAUAUGUUUGACCAGGAUGAUGAUAUAGGCCUUGUUGCCCUGUCUGAUGAAGAGCCCUCUUCCACAGGGGAACUCCGUUACUAUGAGCUGGUUCGAACAGAGAUUGCUGGAGAGCGGCAGUACCUACGUGAGCUGAACCUGAUCAUUAAAGUCUUUCGUGAAGCUUUCCUUUCAAACCGAAAGCUGUUUACACCCACAGACAUUGAAACAAUCUUUAGUAAUAUUAUGGACAUCCAUGAGUUGACAGUGAAGCUUCUGGGUUUAAUCGAAGACACUGUUGAAAUGACAGAUGAAAGCAGCCCACAUCCGCUGGUUGGAAGUUGCUUUGAAGACUUAGCUGAGGAGCAAGCCUUUGAUCCAUAUGAAACAUUAUCCCAGGACAUACUUGCUUCUAAUUACCAGGAGCAUUUCAACACCCUUAUGUCCAAGCCUUCUGUUGCCCUACAUUUCCAGUCUAUAGCAGAAGGAUUUAAAGAAGCAGUCAAAUAUGUCCUUCCACGACUCAUGCUGGUUCCAGUUUACCAUUGUUUGCACUACUUUGAAGUAUUAGAGCUUUUACAAGAACGCAGUGAAGAUCAGGAAGACCGAGAAUGCUUAAAACAAGCAAUUACCGCCCUCUUGAAUCUGAGAUGUAGCAUGGAACGGAUUUUUAAUAAACAUUCGCCACGCAGGAGACCCGGGGAGCCCAUAUGGAGACUUUACAAUCGUCAGAUGAGAAGCAAACACGUGGCUAUCAAAAAAAUGAAUGAGAUCCAGAAGAACAUUGACAGUUGGGAAGGGAAAGACAUUGGGCAGUGCUGUAAUGAGUUUAUUAUGGAGGGCUCAUUAACCAGGGUGGGAGCUAAACACGAGCGUCAUAUUUUUCUGUUUGAUGGUUUAAUGAUCAGCUGUAAAAUGAAUCAUGGACAGUCUCGAAUCCCCGGGUAUAACACUGCAGAGUAUCGGCUGAAGGAGAAGCUCAUCAUGAGGAAAGUGCAAAUCAAUGACAAAGAAGAUACAAGUGAAUAUAAAAAUGCCUUUGAGCUACUAUCCAAAGAUGAGAACAGCAUUGUUUUUGCAGCAAAGACAGCUGAAGAGAAAAACAAUUGGAUGGCAGCAUUGAUUUCUCUACAGUACCGCAGCAUGCUGGACCGAAUGCUGGACACUGUGCUGAUUCAGGAAGAGAAUGAGCAGCCUUUACGCUUGCCCAGUCCAGAUGUUUAUCGAUUUGUAGAGGAAGACUCAGAGGAAAACAUCGUUUUUGAGGACAGUGUGCAAAGUAGGAGUGGAAUCCCUAUUAUUAAAGGGGGAACUGUAGUGAAACUGAUUGAGAGGCUGACAUACCACAUGUAUGCAGAUCCUAACUUUGUGCGGACCUUUCUGACCACCUAUCGCUCUUUUUGUAAACCUCAAGAAUUACUAAAUCUGCUUAUAGAAAGAUUUGAAAUUCCAGAUCCAGAGCCCACAGAAUCGGACAAAAUGGCCAUUGAGAAAGGGGAGCAGCCAAUCAGCGCCAACCUUAAGAGGUUUCGGAAGGAAUACGUUCAGCCGGUGCAACUCAGGGUUUUAAAUGUAUUUCGUCACUGGGUUGAACAUCACUUCUAUGAUUUUGAGAGAGACCUGGAACUCCUUGACAGAUUGGAAUCUUUUAUUUCUAAUGUUCGAGGAAAAUCCAUGAAGAAAUGGGUGGAAUCUAUAGCAAAAAUAAUCAGAAGGAAAAAGCAAGCUCAGGCAAAUGGUGUGAGCCACAACAUCACAUUUGAAAGCCCCUUUCCUCCUAUAGAAUGGCACAUAAGCCGGACAGGCCAGUGUGAAACAUUUGACCUUAUGACUCUGCAUCCAAUAGAAAUUGCUCGCCAGCUCACUCUAAUGGAGUCUGACCUUUAUAGGGCAGUUCAACCUUCAGAACUUGUGGGCAGUGUUUGGACAAAAGAAGACAAAGAAAUUAACUCUCCCAACUUGCUGAAGAUGAUUCGCCAUACAACCAACUUAACAUUGUGGUUUGAAAAGUGUCUUGUGGAAACGGAGAAUUUUGAGGAGAGAGUGGCUGUUUUCAGUCGUAUCAUUGAAAUCCUCCAGGUCUUUCAGGAGCUGAAUAACUUUAAUGGCGUGUUAGAAAUUGUCAGCGCUGUGAAUUCAGUACCAGUGUACAGGCUGGAUCACACCUUUGAGGCGUUACAGGAGCGAAAGAAGAAAAUCCUGGAUGAAGCCGUGGAACUCAGUCAAGAUCAUUUUAAAAAAUAUUUAGCAAAACUUAAAUCAAUCAACCCACCUUGCGUGCCUUUUUUUGGAAUAUAUUUGACCAAUAUUCUGAAGACUGAAGAAGGGAAUCCAGACUUUCUGAAGAGGCAAGGAAAAGAACUGAUAAACUUUAGCAAGAGGCGGAAAGUGGCUGAGAUCACAGGAGAAAUUCAACAGUACCAGAACCAGCCUUACUGCCUACGGACUGAAGCCGAUAUACAGAGAUUCUUUGAGAAUCUGAAUCCGAUUGGAAAUUUUGGAGAAAAGGAGUUCACAGACUAUUUGUUUAAUAAGUCUCAGGAGAUUGAACCAAGAAACUGCAAACAACCACCUAGAUUUUCCAGGAAAACCACAUAUUCACUGAAGUCUCCAGGUAUUAGGCCCAACAGUGGAAGGCAUCUGUCCUCAUCUGGCACUCUGAGAGGCCACCCGAUGCCUUUAGAAAGGGAGCCUUAUAAGAUCAGCUUCAGCAGGAUCACAGAAUCGGAUCAUGAAUCUACAAUCUCCCCUCCAAUCUCUCCUAACACUCCAUCUACCCCUCCUGCCUCAGCCUCCUCAGAGCUCAGUGUUUUUGUAGACUUGGAUCUCCACUCUUCCUUUGGUAGCAGCACUAUGCUUUCCCAUGGGUUUUUGCCAAACUCAAAGUCCUUUUUCAGUUCUUGUGGUAGUCUGCACCGGUUAAGUGAAGAGCCUCUGCUUCCACCUCCUUUGCCUCCCCGUCGGAAGGUAGAUCCAGAGGGGUCAAAUCUUGUAGGGCAUUCGAAACUGGAUGAUGACCCUCCAGCUAUUCCACCAAGAUUGCCUCCUCCUCCAAAGAUCCAGCCACGGGUACCUGCCUACACAGGACCUUUCGACGGACCUCUGCAUAGCCCUCCACCUCCACCACCCAGGGACCCAAUUCCUGAUACCCCUCCCCCUGUCCCACAGAGGCCUCCUGAGCAUUUCAUAAACUGCCCUCUUAAUCUGCAGCCUCCACCUCUUGGCCGUCUCCAUCGGGAACAGGACUGGUUUCGGGAAGUCAACACUGCUCCAAAUUCUCCAAAUACACCACCCAGUACCCCAUCUCCAAGAGCUUUGCGGCGUUGUUGUGGCCUCAGUACCAGUCACAGUAAUCUUUCUCAUGUCCUGGCCCCUCCAGUUCCCCCGCGGCAGAAUUCCAACCCACAGCUGCCCAAACUGCCACCAAAGACUUACAAAAGGGAAAUCUCUCACCCACCUUUGCACAGACUGUCUUUGUUGGAAAAUGCUGAAACUCUGCAAUGACCACAGCCAUAAUAGUCUUAGACACUGGAUAGAGAUUGGCAAUGUUCUGUGGGGUUUUGGGGUCCUUUUUUAUUUAUUUGGAUAAUUAGGCACUGUCUUUUAAAGACUUUUGAUUGAAGAGGAACAGCAAUGUGUAGUCUGCCUGUGGCAAAAAGCAUUACAAUGAACAGUCGUUACUAAAGUGCUACUGAUCAAACAACAAGCUGAGAACAAACUGACAGGGAUUCGUUCCUACACACUACAGCCUUUCUAACAGCGCUUAACUGCCUCAGGUUAAUCCGAGUCAUUGCCUUGUCCCGGCGCAGAGCUUUCCGCCUGUGCAACACUGUUCCAGGAUUGCUUGAUUGCAGUGUAACCUCCAAAAGACUCUUUACUGGGCACCCAUUAUUUGCACUGAGCCAAAAACCUAACAUUUGGAAUGAAGAAAACAAAGUGCAUAUUUGGAGGGAUGAUUUUUUUCCCUUAGUUUUAGCACUGGAGGCCUUUAAUUUCCAUACCAUUAAACAGACUUUUUUUUCUUUUUCAGGGAUCUUUCCUUUUGUUUCAUCAUUCCAGUUUGUUAUUGCCCCUUCCAGUUGUCUGGAGCAACUUCACAUUUGCAUGAGGUUAAACAGCCAGAACCAGUGAUGUCUCUGCUUCUCAGAUAUACAGUAUGGAGGGAGAGGGGGGACAACUCCUAUGUUUGCUCACACAAACGCUACCUAAUGUCCUUCUCAUGGAAUACAAGUGUUUAGCAUGCAGCUUAUUCAGAUGUGCCUUUUUUCUGUUUGGUCUGGCGGAUGCCAGCUUCUGUUCAUAAGUUGCCUACCUGGGAUCAAAGCGCAAAAUCUUCAAUGUACCAUUUAGUGAGAACUCAGUAUCUUGACUGAUGUUAACCCCUGUAACUGCUACGAGUCUUGAUAAAUGCCAGGAGUAGAUUUGCCUUCAUUAUCACAAUAACAAAUCCUGAGGGUAGGAGAGAGUUGGUAGAAGCUGCUGGUUUCCUAUUUUUAUAGGAAUAGUCAGUGUGAUUUAUAACCCACCCCCAGGCCAACCAUACCCAAGCUCUACCCAGUGCAUUUUGUCUUCACACGUGGCUGUGGGUAAGGCUCCUGUAGACUGGAGACACUAGUUACAACGGAGCCUCACACUGAGCCCUGCACUAGGUUGAGGCUUUGGGACAAGGGAAAUAAUUAAAGGCAGCAUUUUAAAGGACAUUGAUGUGUCCCAUAAAAUAGUUUUACUAUAUCCCUGAGGCAGAGCUGAACAGCCUUGCCAUAAAGGUUUGCCUGUAUUAGAGAGGAGUUUCAAUUUUACAUUCCAUGAAUUUACACCUUUAACCAAUGUGUGACUUUUGCUAGUUUCAAUAAAAUGUAGUUUCCAUAAAAAACAAAAACAAAAUGAUCCUCCCCUGUCUUUACACAUUCAGAAUUAGAUGGAAAAGAGAGCACUACUGUAGCAAGCAUCAGUUCUUAUGGGAGAACUAUCUCAAGGUAUAUGCUAGCACUGCACUUUUGUACUUUGUGUUCAUCUCUGGUUCCAAGCAGUGGUGCCCACUGUGGCUAUGAAGACUAAUCAUUAUUUAGCCUUGCUUCACAUUCAAUUGUCUGUAAGAAAAUCCCUCUUUGCUAGAAUUGCUUCUGUAUGGACAAAGUCAUUUGCUCCUUGUUUCUCGGAUAACUCCCUACUUCUACGAGUGCUAGUUUGUACUUUGACUGUGGGUCAGUGACAUGCCACGUUUGCAUUGCUUUGCUAUGAUACAGGCGUGCAUCAAUCUGGAUGGGUGUCAAGCUGUUCUGCCCUGAGUAAGUAAGUUUGCAAACUGGUGACAUUCCAUUAAUGACAUGUAUGCACCAGCAUUUCUAUUCCACUUGUGUAAGAUGUCAGCCAUAGGAGCAGUGCUGGACACCACUUAUAGUACAAUUGGCAAUGUCUUUCACCAAGGCAGAGUGCUGAAUUUGGAACUCCAAACCCGAUGUGUGCCAGGUGCUCUACUCCUAUUAGUUAGGUGGUUGGAAUAUCUCUAUGCCAUAAAGUGUGGUUUUUGACUUAACGGCAGGGUUUUAGAUCCCUCAUCUUUGUCCUCACUGUGCUGUAGAAACAAUUUUUUCCAAUUGGUCACUUCUCAAUCUGCAAACUUACUCUUAACAGUGGUAGGUUCAGUUUAUAUUCCCACUGACAGACUGAGGCAACACCUGGCUUCAAGAAUCUUCAUGUUUGUAUAAAUGUCUACAAGCCACAUUUUAUUUCCUGGUUCAUGGCCUUUUACAGUGCUUUGUAUCAGUGUUCUUAACCAAUGUAAUAAAUCAGUCUUAAUAUGGUA